GAUUAGAACGUUCCGAUGUCUGCUAAGGCCUUCACAGCGGCUUGUCAUUGGGAAAACAAACACAUGCUUGGGUACCACUUUCAUUUAGUAUCGGUAGUACCCGGACAAAAAAACGGAUCAAUGAAUCGACGUAAGCGCAUCGAGUUUUUGUGUAUUCUUGUGGAUUUUGGGAAUUUGGAAAAACAACAAUUUCGACUAAAAAAUUUUAAACAUACACGUUACAUAAGUCAAUCCUUCUAUAAAACUCGCCGAGAAUUUAAUACAGCCAUCAGUACCCCAAGUACCACCAAAAUGAACUCACUGGUUUUGUGUUUCGUCGCUCUUGUCGCUGUGGCCGCUGCCGGUCAUCACCAUCUUGAAGACAACGGUCCAGCGUACUAUAAAUUCGAGUACGGAGUUUCUGACCCUCACACCGGUGAUAAGAAAUCCCAGUACGAACAUGCCGAUGGUAAACAUGUGCAAGGAGGAUACACACUGAAGGAAGCUGAUGGUACUACUCGUAUUGUUGAGUACCAAGCAGGUCCACAUGGUGGGUUCAACGCUGUGGUGAAGAGAGUAGGUCAUGCCCAACAUCCUGCUCACUAUGGGCACGGUCAUGGUGGUCAUGGUGGACAUGGUGGACACGGGGGGCAUGGUGGUACCAGCUAUGUCGGUACUACUCACUUUGGGUACGGAGGACACCACUAAUUCGAUGGCCAGUUUUUGAUUUUACGACCAAAGCUUGUUAUUUUUUGAUUAUUUGUACUUUUUUUAUAAGGAUGUUUUGUUAUGACAAUAAAUAGUAGUACCUAUA